AUGAAUACUUUUAAGUAUAACUUCACAGUUUGCAUUUCCACCCUUUUUGGCAACUACAACAAUGUACUGCAGUUUGUUCAAUCAAUGGAGAUGUACAAGCUUCUGGGUGUACAGCAUGUGGUCAUCUAUAAAACUAGUUGUGGGCCAGACUUGGAAAAGCUCUUAAAACAUUAUGAAACCGAGGGGAUGCUGGAGAUCGUUCCAUGGCCUAUCGACCAGUUUCUGAACCCGUCAUCAGGCUGGAAAUUCAAGAAACACAAGGGUGACAUCCAUUAUUAUGGUCAGCUGGCAACACUCAAUGAGUGCAUUUACAGGCACAUGUACCAAUCCAAAUAUGUUCUCCUGAAUGACAUUGAUGAAAUCAUCAUGCCUUACAAACACGCCAAUUUACCAUCUCUUAUGAAGUACCUUCAGUCUGCUCAUCCCAGAGUAAGUGUAUUCCUUUUUGAGAGCCACAUAUUCCCCACAACACAGUUUGAGGAGAGUGGGAAGUUCAAACGAGAAGAAUGGAAUAAUAUUCCUGGUGUGAAUAUCAUGGAACACAUUUACAGAGAACCUGAUCGAAAGAACAUUGAUAAUCCCAAAAAGAUGAUUGUCAACCCAAGGAAGGUGCAGAAAACUUCAGUACUUUCCUCAUUGCAAAAAUAUGGAUAUAUUCAUCAUGUAGCAUUUCAUGUGUCUAGGAUGGUACAUGUGAGAAAUCCAAUGCAGGUGAAUCUUACUAAAGAGCAACUGUUUGUGGACAAAAGAAUGUGGGACUUUAAGCAAAAACUGAUUCCGAAUGUUGACCGGACUUUGAAGCUUUCAGGUUUGUUAAGGCCUCACUGA